AUGGAUCGACGACGACAUCCUCCGGUACCUACAAUACGCGAGGUCGUCCCGGGGGCUGGCGUCAACAUUGUUCUCAAGGCCGACCAGCCAACAGGGCGCACCGUGCAGGGCGUCAUCGGCCAAGUCCUGACGCGGGGGAAUCACCCACGCGGCAUCAAGGUGCGGCUCACAGACGGGCGAGUGGGGAGAGUGCAGACCAUGUCUUCCACUUCUUCGUCAAGUUCUGGGCAGCCAGGCGGUUCAGCCGGCUUCGUUGGAGGGGUGCAGGAUACGGAAGUCCAAGACGGUCAGCAGCCGGGCGCUCACGUCCCAGGGAAUCGCCCAUUUAGAGGUCGGCGAAGAGAUGGCGGCGGCGACAUCCGAUACGCUGAAGAGCCAGACUUGCCGCCGCAACAGAUCGGCCUCGAUGCUUAUGUCAAGGAGAAGAAGCCGAAGAAGCAGGGGCGCGGGAAAGGCAACGAUAACAACAGCGCCACCGCUGCCGAAGAUGAUCAGCCCGGCAAUAGCUCGGCCGCCGGCUCUCAAACUACGUCUGAGGCUGUGGCAUGUCCAGUUUGUGGUGAAUUCGAAGGCGACGAGGCUGCUGUUGCCCACCACGUCGCUUCCCACUUUGAUGAUACAGCCACGUAA